CUCUGCUUAUUUUCCCUUCCCCCGUCCGACUCCGCAGUCCCCGACUCUCUCCGUCUCUCCUUCUCUCUCUGCGUUCGCUCCUCCCAAAUCUCUACUUCUUGUCCCCUUCCGCCGUCGAGCGCUCCAGCACCCGAAUCUCUCCCUCUGCGUUCACUCCUCUCCGCCGCUGUAAUCCCUUUCCUUCGCCGCUCAUCACGCCAGUAAGUUCCCUUUCGUCUACUUAUCAAAAAAAGUAAGUUCCCGUUCGUCUCUCUCUCUCUCUCUCGACUCUCCCUCCAUCUCAAGGGUGUUCUCUUCUCCACCGUGUCGCACCACGACUAGUUGAAUUCUGCAUGUAAGCUUGGGCAAUUUAUAUGACAUCCAUGGUCCAGAUUGGAUUCCCCAUGUAAUUCUAAAUUGGAUUUCCACCUUGCACGUUCCCUCCCACUAGUAAUUCUAAAUUGAAUUCCGCAUGGAUUGAAGGCCACGCUACUUGAUUCUUCCUCUUGGCCCAGCGCGUGAGGGACUGUUUCCUUUCCUCUGCCAACUAGUGUUAGGUUUUCUGCAAAACAAUUUUCCGAUCCGAAGCCAUGAGAGGGUUCUAAAUCGACGUAUUUGCUCCAUUUUUGUGUUGGAUCUCUACCUUUGUAUACACAGUUCCAUUGCUUCAUCCAUCAAUUCGCUCGAGUUAUCCUCCUAUUUUUCUUGUCAUUUGCAACCUAAUAGGGCAGAUGGAUCUUGAGACGGAGAACAGAAUAGCUGCAAUGCUUAUGAAAGAAGCAGCAGAAUUGCGGCGACAAGCAGAGAAGGAAGGUGUGCAUGCCUAUCUUAAACAACCCAAUUCACGGUUUCGGCCCAAUUCACGGUUUCUAACUGCAACUGUUCUUGGAGUACAACAAGCAAAUCGAGCUGUGGAAGUGAAUGAGAUGUGGCGAGCCCGACAAAAAGAGCUAGAGCUGGAUGAUAGAUGUAAAGACAAAUAUAUAAAUGGAAGUAGUAAUAGCAGCAGCCGUAUUGACAAUUACGGUGUAACCAGAAGUAAGAGGACUCUUGUAAAUGUUAACAAUGCAAGUGCUUCAUGUUCAUCAAGUGAAAGAGUAUAUGAGAGUGGCUCUUCAAGGGAAGAUGAAGAACUUGAGGAAUUUCUACACUCGAGGGCCAAACGUGGUAGAGGUGGUGUUGGCCCAAGGAUGGAUGAAACGGGUCCGUAUCUUCCACGUUCUUUGGACUCCAUAGAAGAUCGGUCAACGAGCCCUAAUGUAUGUAGACGCCAUGUUGUCUAUGGUCCUGAGAAACCUUCUACACUGAAGUCACAUGAUUCUUCAGAAGAGGAGCCUAACGAGGAAAAGCGGAAGAAGUCAAAAAAGCUUCACUCAGGGAGCUCCAACAAACAACACUCAAGGAAGCACAGAUCCAAAGAUAAUUCUAAGGAUAAGAAAAAGGAGAGAAAGGAGGAGGAAAGAAAUAAACAUCGCAAGUAAUGGCUGUUUUCAAAAUUUGCGUGUUUGUCACAAAGGUGACAAGUCAUUGUACGUCAAUAUGAAUGAAAAAUCCUUAUUUACGGGCAUAUAAAAGUUUUCAAUAUUACUUUGUAUCAGGGUUGAAACCCGGAUUGCAAAACCCAGACCGAUUCGGUCUGGGUAUGGGUUUAAAACCCGGGUACGGGAUUUAAAACCUGAUCCCCGGUUUCCUUUUAAAACAAAAAAUUUGCAAA